CGGUAGAUUAUUGCACGUGGAGCGGUUGGUCCAAUGGUGGGACCAAGUGGACAGCAUCGACCGCUAUAAAACCGCGUUUAAGACACGAUAUGGGCAUUUCGAAUGGCUGGUUAUGCCAUUUGGCCUUACGAAUGCCCCGACCACUUUCCAAGCAGCUAUGACAACGGAGUUCCGAUACAUGCUGGAUCGAUUCGUACUUAUCUACCUCGACGACAUCCUGGUGUACAGCCGGAGUUUGGACGAGCAUGUGGAACACCUGCGCACCGUUUUGGAGCGGCUACGACAAGCCAAGUACAAAGCCAACCGCGACAAAUGCGAAUUCGCGCGGCAGGAGCUGGAGUACUUGGGACAUUAUGUGACGCCGCAAGGCAUUCGUCCGCUUGCGGACAAGAUCGAGGCCCUCCGCGUGCCAUUCGUAUUCAAUGACGACGCAUGCCGGUCAUUCCAAGCACUUAAGACGGCCAUGCUCAUGGCACCCGUCCUUAGCAUCUAUGACCCCACCCUGCCUACGAGAGUGACAACUGACGCUUCCGGCUAUGGCAUUGGGGCAGUCUUGGAACAACACGACGGCGACGACUGGCACCCUGUGGAGUAUUUCAGCCACAAAGUGCCUCCCAUCAAUUCGCUUGAUGAUGCAAGGAAGAAGGAGAUGCUCGCAUUCGUGAUGGCUCUCAAGCGAUGGCGGCACUUCCGCCUUGGGCGUGGUAGGUUCACAUGGGUCACGGACAACAACCCAUUGACCUACUACAAGACGCAGGACAUGGUGAGCAGCACGAUCGGACGAUGGAUGUACUUCAUCGACCAAUUUGACUUCACACCGAAACAUUUCCCCGACCUCUCGACUCGCGCAAUAGAUGCACUCUCGCGAAAACCCGAUCUUUGCACCAUGACACAUCAUGCCUUCGCAUUCGACGAGGAACUCCAGCAACACUUCAUCCGGGGCUAUGAGUCUGAUCCGGAUUUCGCCACGUUGUACGCGCAACUAUCUUCGGAUCACCCGCCGGUCAGCCACUAUCGCAUUGCCGACGGGUAUUUGCUCCUCCACUCGAGAGGCAAGGACUUACUAUGUGUCCCACAAGACCGUCGUCUUCGGACUCGCCUUCUCGGUGAGUAUCAUGAUUCGCGACUCACCGGCCAUUUCGGAAUCAACCGCACCAUUGCACGGCUUCAACAACGAUUCCGAUGGCCUGACCUCAUUACCGAUGUCACUCGGUAUUGCGACUCUUGCGAAGUUUGCCGACGAAGCAAGGCCCGCAAUUGCAACCCCUACGGUGAGUUGCGCCCGAUGCCUAUCCCACAGGAACCCGACCUCUCCAUUGCCAUGGAUGUCACCGGACCAUUUUCCCACGAUCGCCUCGGGCACGACGACAUCCUCACGGUUGUGGACCGUUUGAGUAAGUAUGCGCGUUUUCUCCCUUGCAAGUACUACUCCACGACUCCCGAGUUGGCACGCCUCUUGCACACCGGUUGGAUUUGCGGCCACGAUGUACCGAAAGACAUAGUCAGCGACCGCGACACUCGCUUCAUGUUGGCAUUUUGGACUGCUCUUAUGCAGGAAUCCGGCACAACAAUGAAACCAAGUUCGGCUCGGCAUCCAUAGACGGACGGGCAAAUGGAGCGGGCACAUCAAACCGCUCAAAUGAUGCUUCGUACGCUCAUUCGUCCGGACCAGA